CCCAAAUCAAGUGCUAUUAAGUAGUAAUUUCAAAGUGUCAUACACAUUAAUCUCUACUCAACCUUCAACAAUGAAGAAGCAACAAUUUCUUUUCUCUUGUUCAAUUCUACAACUAAUAAUUUGCAUCCUCUUCUACUCCACUUCCACCUCAGCACAACUCUCACCAUUUCAAUCCCCACAAGCAUCAACACCAGCCCCAGGUUUCAACACAGUUCCCCUUGUACCAGUUUCCCCAAGCGGAGGCCCCGCCCCUAUCGACAUUAUCCCCAAAACACCAUCCAUUGACAUCAUCCAAAUUCUAAAAAAAGCCAAAAGAUUCUCGGUUCUUAUCCGCCUUCUCAAAACAACUCAGUUAAUAAACCAACUCAACUCACAGCUAGUUACAUCACCAUCAUCAGAAGCAUCAGAUUCUAGCAAUGCUGGUUUAACCGUUUUCGCACCAGAAGACAGUGCUUUUUCGAAACUGAAACCAGGUUUCCUUAAUUCUCUCAGUGACAGACACAAAGUAGAACUGUUACAAUUCCACACACUUUCCUCAUUCAUCUCACUCUCAAAUUUCGACACCUUAACAAACCCGGUUCAAACACAGGCCGGCGACGAUGCCAAAAGGCUACAACUUAACGUAACCACUUCCGGGAGCAGUCAAGUUAGCUUGACAACUGGUGCGGUUAACGCCACUGUUACAGGAACCAUUUAUGCAGAUAAUAAACUAGCUAUAUAUCAGGUUGACAAGGUUCUUGUUCCUCUUGAUCUUCUGCUUCCUGCGAAAGCUCCUGCACCUGCAACGGUUUCUAAAGGAGGUUCAUCUAAGCCUGGUGAUGGAAGCAAGUCAUCAGCAUCGAAGGAUGAUGAUGAUGAGAACAAAGACUUGCCUUCUGAAGCUUCUUCUGGUGCUGGUUACUGUAAUGUGAAGGGAAUGUGGAUGUCUUUUGUUGUUGGGGUGGUUUUGCUUGGUUGUGAAGCUAUGCUAUCAAUUUGAAGAUAAUAGUUUUGCUAAGACGUUGUUUCUGGUUUUGCUUUUUUUGGUUUGCAUAUAUAGCAUAGAUUGAAAAUGUGUUUUGAAAUGGUCAUGUAUUAUAUCUGAAAUCUGUGUUUUGAAAUUGUAUGUGUUUUGAAAUGGUCAUGUAUUAUAUCUGAAAUCUGUGUUUUGAAAUUUACAAUGUUUGAUAUUGUGUGAUUUUUCCCUCUA